AUGUGUCCCACCGGAGUGUUACUAGUCGUUUUGAUCGGGAUCGUUCGGGCUCAAAACCAAGAAGACGGUCCCUUGGUUUGUAUCCAGGAUGGCUGCCUAAGGGGUCGAUAUUUGGAAGGACUUUCCUCGAAACGGUACCAAGCAUUCUUGGGCAUUCCGUACGCCAAACCCCCGGUCGGGGAGUUGAGAUUCCGAAACCCUCAGCCCCUGGAUCCGUGGACCGGUGAAUAUGAUGCCAGCUUUGAGCGGAGCAUCUGUGUCCAGAAGAUUUACUACUUUCUCAAUCAGCCAAUAGAUGGCAGUGAAGAUUGCCUAUAUAUAAAUGUUUUUAGACCGAAUCAAGAGGUUGAAAAUGGCGAGAAGCCUCUGCCAGUCCUGGUUUACAUUCAUGGAGGUGGUUAUUCGGAAGGAUCGAGCUCGAUGGGCGAACACGGACCGGAACGACUGAUGGAUUCCGGAAAAGUGAUUCUCGUGUUGAUGCAAUAUCGUUUGGGGGUCUUCGGGUUCCUUUCUACAGAUGACCACGUGGCUCCGGGAAAUUUUGGCUUGAAGGACCAGGCUGCAGUUUUAAGAUGGGUUAACAGAAAUAUCGAUCGCUUUGGAGGUGAUCCAAGUUCAGUGACUUUGAUGGGACAAAGUGUUGGUGCAGCCGCCGUUCAAAUGCACAUGAUGAGUCCCUUGAGUAGGGAUCUGUUUUCUCGGGCGAUCAGUUUUGGCGGGAAUGCCUUAGGAUUCUGGAACAAACCUAGGGAGGAUCAGAUUGGAAUAGUACGCGAGCAGGCCACUGCUGUCGGUAUUGCCUCAGCCGAUCAAUUAUCCUCUGAAGAACUCGUCCAAGCCCUGAGGAACGUAACUGCCCUAGAACUUUGUGAAAGUAUUGAAAAGCUAAAGUUUUGGCACAUGUUUCCUCUUACUCAGUAUUGA